AUGAGGCGGAGUGGAGUCGACAGCUUAGAAAGCUGGGUGGUGGCAGCAGCAAGUAGUGCAGUAUUCUUGUUUUCAACAUGGCCGAUGAGGUUAGGAGGACAACUUUUUGUUUCGAUGCUUGACCAUUUUGAAACGAACAGGAAGAAUGCCGCUUUUCCAUUUGCUCUGGCAUACUUAAUGAGAAGCGUUUCAGGUGUAGGAUUUGGAUGGGCCACUGCUACUCUUCCUGAAAUCAUUAAUCAACAUUUCAUCAAACACAGAGCAAAAGCCAUUGGACUGAUGUUUGGAGGAAGUGGUUUAGGAGCAUUCGCUACUCCUCCGUUCUUAGCAUAUAUUUUGGCAACUUUCGGCAUGUCUGGAACAUUUUUGAUUACGUCUGCAAUUCUUUUACAUGGUGUGCCAGUUUCAAUGUUACUAACAAAACCGAGACUCAAUACGAGUACACUAAACUCAAGGGGCAAAAAGAGUUCUGAUCUUGCUGGUGAAUCAACACAUCCAAUCAAAUCUAUCAAUUCUAUUAAAUCAGAUAAAAGUGAACCAGACUCCAAACUGGCUGCAACAACAGACUUAAUUUUAAACGAAAGUAAUCAUUGCAUGAAUUUGGAGAAUAAAAGCAUUCUGAGUCCACGUCUAAGUUCGAGCAUUUCUCAUGAUGACCUGUCGAAAGUAAACAGGCUAUCAAUGCAAAAAUUGGAGCAUUACAAUUUAGAAAUGAUUUAUCAAAAAGAGUUUAGAGAUCAAAAUCGAACUUCAGAUUUUCUCAAUAAGCGUGCAUCAAUUGAAUCAAAAGUAAAAGUAUAUUCUGUUGAUCAAUCAUCCAAAAAAAAUUCACGCUCUUCCGUAAAUGUUCUAUGGAACCCAACUUUCUUGCUUAUUGCAACAGUUACUAGUGCUCAUUUUUACGUGCAAUACAUGUACUGGACGAUUAUUGUAGAUAUUGGACGCGAUAAAGGCUCCGAAAAACAUCAAGAAAUAUAUCUUGUGAUGGCUCUUUCGCUAUUUGACAUGCUCGGACGUUUAUCUCUGGGUUUUAUCACUGACAGUGGCUUCAUUAGCAGCAUUAAUUUCUGUGCCUUUUGUUUUGCUUGCAUGGGACUGCUCUGCUUGGCCAUGGUUUUUGUGUCAGAUUUUCAAGCAACUCUGGUUGUCACGUCUAUUUUGGGUGCAACAAUUGGAGGUAAUACCACUGGACUUCCAGGCAUCGUCACAGCAUUCUUCGAAAAGGAAAAAAGAUCGAUGGCCAUGGCUUCUAGGCUAAUCAUGUACGCACCCAUGAGUUUCACCAUGUCUCCAUUAAUAGGUUAUUUCAGAGGCACUUUAGGAUCUUACGAUGGACUCCUAUAUGUUUUGAUGUCAUUGUGUACCCUUUGCGUCUUCCUACUUUUGAUGCUGUCCAAAUCACCAAAUACAAAGAUAACAGUUGAGAGUAAUUCAUAAAGUAAAUCUAUUUUUUUGGGUGAUAAAAUUGAUAAUUCAUCAAGACAGAACGUCCUCUAAGCUCUGACGUCAUUGUGUCUAAUUUGUGUUAUGUACUUUUGAUGUUGGCUAAGUUAGGUACCAAACAGAAGAAAAACAAAUGAAACUUU